UGCUCUGGUUGCAAGUAUUCACUCACUAAAUACUGUUGGGCGAUCAGAUUCCUGAAAGGUUUUGCCUUUGGAGCUAAUAUUUUUAACCUUUUAGCUAUUUCAUUGGACCGCCAUGAAGCCUUCAUCAACCCUCUUCGUUAUACCUCUAAGAUGACAAGAAAGAAGUUGGUUUUCAUCCUCGCCAUGGUCUGGGGAGCACCAGUCCUUUUGGCUGCUACAAGAAACUUCUGGCAGCACAGUAGUUCAAGAGAGAUGUCUCUUUUCAUCGACAAAACAUAUUCAAUUAUUUUGACUUUCAUUUUCGUUAUCAUUCCUUUCUUUUUACUACUUGGAAUUAAUUUUAGAAUUCUGAUUGUCAUUAAAAAGCAGGUUCAACGAAUUCACGUCGCCAACGCAGUUCAAAAUUUCCCUUCAAAUUUAUCUACAAAACGUUCUCGUGCAGUGAACAAUGUAAGAAAGCUGAAAGGGACUCUAGCUUGCGUUGUUGUCGUCCUAAUCUAUGUUUUAUGUUGGUUACCCCGUAUAUUUUACAAUUUUUGUUUUCUCUUUCGUCGGAAAGACUUAGUCAGUCCACUUCUAAUCCACCUCUCAUUGUUUUUCUUGUUUUUGCAAUCAUCUUUAAACCCAUUCAUAUACUCAUUUUACAGAGUGGAGUUUCGA